AUGAAUGAUUCUAACAACACAUCAAAAGAUGAAGAAACUACCAUUAAAAUUAUAGAAAAGAUUGAAGAAACAUCGAUUGAUAUAGAUAAUGUUAAUGAUAAAAGAGAUCAAUUAGAAGUGGUGGUAACUGAAAAUAAUCCAGAAGAAAAAAAAGGGAACGAUUUUUCUAAAAAAUUACACAUUAAUGGUCAAAAAAUUUUAGUUGUAUCAAGUGAAGACGAAGUAUUGAGUGGAGAGACAGCUCCAAACUGUUGUGUAUUAGGCUCACCCGAUCACGUAGCAGCAUUAAAAGCAAAAAUUGAUGAAUUGAAACUUAAUUCAGGAAAUUUACUACAAGAAAAACAAAAAAUCGAACAAGAAAGAUUAGAGGCAGAAACAAGGUCAGAAUCAAUCGCUCAACAAUUGGACAAGUUGGUAGACGAAUUAAAGGAACUUGGCCAUCAUGGUAAUGAUGAUAAAAAUUCCGAACAAUUGAUACAUGCGACAGUUCAUACUUUUGGGAGAAUAAGGAAACUCGAGAUUAUUGCUGAUGAGGAGGAGGAGCUUCAUAUUUACGAUCGACUAUGGCGUAAACCUAGAAUUAGGCAGUAUUGGCAUGAUGGGACAUUACAUCGAGAAGCUGAGGAAAGAAAAUCAAGUUAUACUGAAUUGUUUUGGGAUCUUAUUUUUGUAGCAGUUGUGAAUAAUUUGGGACAUUUAUUGGUUUCUGAUAUUUCAUUCAGUAAUCUGGAAAGUUCAGAAGAUCUUCUUGAAAAAUUUUUAUUACUUUGGGAAAUGUCACUUGUAAUAGUGAUGGGAACUCAUGCAAUGGAUAUUUAUAAUGAUACCAAAGUAAUUUUUUUAUCAUCAUAUGUUUUUGCUAGAAUGACAUUUUUGUGUAUGUAUAUUUUACUGGCAACAUGGUUACCAUUGUUUCGUAGAUCCUUGAUUACAUUUUCUUGGGGGAUUCUUAUCCCAACUCUAUUUUGGCUUGCCGCUAUAUUUGUACCAGCAUCAAAUACUAAAGACUUAAUGUGGACUGCAAUUGCAUUUGAAUUAUUGUGGUCUUUAGUCAUUCCAUUAUACAACCGCUACGGUAUAAAAAGACGUCUUCGCAACAGUGACUUUAAAAAAGUGGAUAGUGUAGCAAGUACAAUCCAUGAAAAUAGUAUUAACGAGAAACGACAAAUAGUUCCUCACCAAGCAAUGAAAACAAGGGGAACAGAGUACCAGUGGAAAUGGAAAGAUGUUUUCUUGUUUUAUCAACCUCCGGUGUAUAAGACUGCAUUGAAUAUUGAACAUUGGAGUGAGAGAUUAGGAACUUUUACCAUUAUUUGUUUAGGCGAAGUUAUGUUUGGAAUUAUAUAUACUGGUAUUAAUUCUUAUCCUGAUGGUCAACUUGGCAAGGCACUGUUAGGACUAUUAAUAUCAUACAAUUUACAUUGGAUAUAUUUUGAUGUUGAAGCCAGUAGACAAUAUCUACAUGCACUUAGAAGACACGUAUUCACUGGUGUACUAUUUGGAACGGUUCACUUUCCUUUAAAUAUGUCAUUGAUUGCAUUCGGGUCAUCACUUGACAAAAUAGUAAUGUUCAUGGAUUUUAAUGGUGCACAAGAUAUCCCAAUGCCUCCAUCAUAUGAAGAUCAUUCAUUAUCAUACGAAAUCUCGCCAUCUCCAGCUACUGAAACCACCACAACAGAACAUUCCUUCACAAUGCAACAACAAUGGUUACUUUGUGGCUCGUUAGCACUUGCAUUUUAUUGUUUGGCUUUUAUCGGAUGUUUACAUAAAGGACUAGAUACUGUUAGUUGUGCGAGAAUUCCAAAGAGAGUUCGUAUUGGAUUUAGAUGUAUUGUGGGAACAAUAUUUGUAUUUUUACCAUUAGCACACCUGGACACACUAAACCUAACGUUCACAUUAGCAAUGUUAUCAUUUGCCCAAGUUAUGUUAGAAACAUACGGUAGGCUUAGACCAAACACGCCAUUAUUUGGUAAAUGUGAUAAUGAUAUUAUAGGGGAUAUGUAUGAGGAUGAGAAAAAAUCAUCGAGGCGUUAUAUUAGGUGGAGAUGGGGACCUGAGAUGAAUAUGGAAAGGCAGCAAUGA